AUGCUAAAAGAACGAAAACUAGCAUCACAUUUGAAUAUUUUAGAAGAGCUCACUGAAGAAGUCACAAUCGCAAAGAAGUCCCCCAAAGAUGAAAUACCGGAAGAAGAAAUUGCGGAGACGAUGAGGCUUCCCACGAAGCGUGAAGAAGAAAUCACUGAAAUUGUGGAAGAAGAGGAACUGCUCAAGAAAGUGGAUCAAGAAGAAGAUAAAUCCGCAAAGAAGAAGGCCAAGGUUCCUAAACGACGAGUGGAAGAGGAAGAACUGGUUGAAGAGGAGAUAGUUGAGAAAGUGAAGCCAAAAGAAAAACCAGAGACCAAAGUCGAAGAGACGAAGGUCGUCGAGGAAGUGGUCAUUCAAGAAGAAGAGAUAAAGGAAGAGAAAGCAGUGAAGAAGAAGCCGAAAGGAGAUGAAAAGAAGGCACCUGAGGAGACCAAAGUCAAAGAAGAAGAUGCAGCGGUGAAGAAGCCAAAAACUGAAGCAAAGAAAGUCGAGGAAGCAAGCGCUGCUGCGAAAGAUGAGAAGGCGCAGGAAGAAAAGAAAGAAGAAGCGAAAGCAAAGAAAGUAAAACCAAAGAAAAAGGCACCUAAGAAAGAAGAAGUUGUUGAAGAGGUCAUUACCGUCACGGAGGAAGUCACCGAGACAACACAUGAGUUAGUUGUAGAAGAACCUAGCGACAAGAAGAAGAAGAAAGUGCCAAAGGCACUUGUGAUACCCGAUGAAAUAAGUUCGAAGUUCGGCGAACCUAGCACACUUCUUUCUGAAACAAUCAUAACAAAGAAGAUUGUUGCGAGGGAAGGAAGCGCUGAAGCAGUAUCACCGAUCAAGCAGCCGCAAUCGGCUAGCAUUGCAAUUAAAGUCGACAGUGCUAGCAAGCUUCGAUCACGAGCAGGCACUCCCGAAGAAAGUGAAUUCACCUUCAAACAACGAUCACAAACCCCCGAAGGAAGAAAGGAGGAGGCUGCUGCAAAGGUGAAGCUGCGCGGUGAGGCUGACGAUAGGACCGGCCUUCCUCCUAAACCUGGCGCUGAGAUUAAGCCCAAAGAGGAA